AUGCAAAAUGAAGAUUCUAAUGAAAAAUCAUCAUCGGAGGAGGAAAUUGGAAGACAAUAUAAUUGCCAACUACAUUGUAUGGGUCUUGAUAAGUAUUUCGUAGAUUUUUCAUCAAUUACUCCGCACAUUCGUUUUUUACGUUUUUUGACUAGAAGUAAUAUUUUAAUAAAACAACCAAUCGUCCCAAAAACGCACGACGCUAUUCCAAUAUCCAGUAUUGCAAAACCUGCUGCUGCAGACUUAAUUAUUAUUAGUGGACCUUCAAUGCACAAUAAUAUUGAAACUGCUAUGAAAAACCACAUAACACAAAAAUGA